UCUGCCCGCGCGGGGCGGGGGCGCGAGGCGGUGACGCACCGGCCGACGGAGGAGCGGCUACUUCCUGGAGUCGCCAGCCGAGGCCGCUAGUUAUCCCCGAGACAGCACGAAAGGGUGGGCGCCAGGGGCUGACCUCGCCACUAUGUCCCACCAGACUGGCAUCCAAGCAAGUGAUGAAGUUAAAGGUAUCUUUGCCAAAGCAAGAAACGGGAAAUACAGACUUCUAAAGAUUUCAAUUGAGGAUGAGCAACUUGUAGUUGGAUCUUCUAGUCAGCCUGCAGAAACUUGGGAUAAAGAUUAUGAUACUUUCAUUCUACCACUGUUAGAAGAGAAGCAACCAUGCUACAUAUUGUACAGGUUAGAUUCUCAGAAUGCACAAGGAUAUGAGUGGAUCUUCAUUGCAUGGUCACCAGACUAUUCUCACGUUCGUCAAAAAAUGUUGUAUGCAGCAACCAGAGCAACUCUGAAAAAGGAGUUUGGAGGUGGUCAUAUUAAAGAUGAAUUAUUUGGGACAGUGAAGGAAGAUGUUUCAUUGAAUGGAUAUAGAAAAUAUUUGAUAUCUCAGUCCUCCCCAGCUCCAUUGACUGCAGCUGAGGAAGAAUUACGGCAAAUUAAAAUUAAUGAGGUCCAAACUGAUGUUGGUGUGGACACUAAGCAUCAAACACUACAAGGAGUAGCAUUCCCUAUUGCUGGAGAAGCUCUUCAGGCUUUGGAAAAAUUGAAUAAUAGACAGCUCAACUAUGUACAGUUGGAAAUAGAUAUAAAAAAUGAAGUUAUCAUUUUGGCCAACACAACAAAUACAGAGCUAAAAGACUUGCCAAAAAGGAUUCCAAAGGACUCAGCACGUUAUCAUUUCUUUCUGUAUAAACAUUCCCAUGAAGGAGACUAUUUGGAGUCUAUAGUUUUUAUUUACUCAAUGCCUGGGUACACGUGCAGCAUAAAAGAACGGAUGCUUUAUUCUAGCUGCAAAAGUACUCUGCUAGAAAUUAUAGAAAGAAAACUACAAAUGGAUAUAAUUAGAAAGAUUGAAAUAGAUAAUGGAGAUGAAUUAACUGCAGACUUCCUUUAUGAAGAAGUACAUCCAAAGCAACAUGCACAUAAGCAGAGUUUUGCUAAACCAAAAGGUCCUGCAGGAAAAAGAGGAAUUAGAAGACUGAUUAGGGGUCCAGCUGAAACUGAAGCCACUACUGAGUGAAAUACAUUCCUGGUAAUACUAAGUAUUACAAGACCAGCUUUUUUUAAUAAUCCAGUUUUUAGUAUCAGAGAACUGAAAUCAUUGCAUAUUAAUGUGAAAUGUUGAGAAAAAAAUUAUUAAAAAAAAUAACCGUACCUCUUACCUGUUAAUUUUCAGCAAGACAAACUCUAAAACAAUUAUUUCUAUUCUUUUCAACCUAAAUCUAAAAAACAUGGUAGUAUUUCAGUUUUAGAAGAUUGAGUUUCCAAUCAGCGCUUAAUUAACAUCACCCAAUUUAGUUAGUCUUUGCAUUUCCUAUAAUGCUUGAAAUUCCAUACAAGUAGGUUAAAUCUGUGUAUUAUUAUUAUUGACAUAAAGAAAAGCCAACUCCCAACCUCUCCUAACAUUCCCUCCAAAAUACUUUUUCCCCCCCUGAUUUGGACAUCCGUACGAUUCAUUUUUAAAAAACAAAAACAAAGAAGACAGAGAAGAUUGUCUAUUACUUAAAAAAAAUUAAGAAGAUUACUUAAUUUGUUGAGUAAAAAGUUAUUGACUCUUUUGAAAACAUUGGUUUGUGCCUGAUAGGUAGGAAUAUAUCCACUUUGGGGAAUAAUAUUAGCUCUUAAAGAAAUCUAGGAUACAUUCAUGAUCCUUUGAAAUUUGUAAGAGUUUAUAUUUCUACUUGACUUUUUACUUUGUUAAUAUUAUUCUUGCACCAGAUUGAUUGACUGAAAUUUUUAAAUUAUUUAGUAAAUUUCAUCAGUGAAUGAUUUCUCCUUACAUUUUUGAAAUGUUAAGUUUAAACCAUUUUGGUACAUUAAAAAAAAAAUUUUUCCCCCAAGCUGAUCAAGUUAUUCUAUGCUACAGGAGGGAGCCAAAUGAUUAAAAUCCAUAUUGAAUUUAAGGUUAAUGUGAUUAAAUCAAAGAAGACACAAAUUUUAAGACCAAUUGAAACUUUGGGAAAAAACACUAAUAGUGAAUUUUUCUGUAUAAAAGCUAUAAAUUUAACAUAGUAUUUGAUUAUUUUAAAAUUAUUGAACAAAUUGUUUUCUAAUUUAUUAUCUGUAGUACUUUGCACACUAGUAUAAGUCAGCUUUUAAAGUUUGACUUGAACAUAUUUGCUUGGUUCGCUAUCUUGUUUCAAACAGACACACAGUUAUGCUAAUGAUUUUGCAGUUUGUUUCAAACUCUAGAAGUUUUGGGCUUAAUUUGAAAGGCAUUAAAACAUUGCGUUGAA